UUGGGACAGACUGCCCGACGCUAUGCCAGAGGAAGAUUUAUUACAACAUGAGAUGGAGGCUGGGGUGGUAAUCUCUGAGGUUCUCACCUUACCUCAUUCUCAGGCUAGAGAUUUUGUGGAAUUGUUACCGACUGAAACAACAAUCAAUGACAGCAGAGCAACGGCUGGUUCUUCACCACCACCCAUCCAAGAACAAGUGCAAGAUGCCCCUCAGUCGCCAGUACUACAAAUGACAGUACGUGGCAGAAGGACAGAAACUGUUGCAUCAUCAACACCACCACUGCGACAGAGACCCAGAAGAAAGAGGAAUCUGAAUCCUCGCCAAAGUGUUUCUGAGCAAUAUAGUGCAGCUCGACGAGAAUUUCUAGCAGUUGCAGAAGCAAAUGCUGCUACAAUGAAGAUGCUGGCAACUGCUGCUCAAGCGCAAGCAGAUGCUGCCAAGAUGCAGGCUGAGGCAGCCAAGGUACAAGCCGAGGCGACGCUGCAAUUGGUAAAAGUCGGAAACAAAAUAGCUGACGCAAUAAAUAAUUACAUAAAUAAAAAUAAUAAAUGAUAUAAAA